CGCAUUGAUACCUUGCUUGCCUGACCUUUCAGCUGACGGCAUACCUGAGUCCUACAAAGCGCUACAGGCGCACGCCCAACUCAAUCUCCGUUUGCUCGAUUCCUAAGUUCCGCGCAUCUGUCUGACGCAGUCGCCUUCUCCUUGCCCUACCACGAGACUUGCUCUCUCAACAACAAAAACGAAGCCAUCGUCUUCGAGCCAUUGCAUCCAUCGUGACUCACUUGCCCAUCUGCCCGCCCUUGCCGGGAGGCCGCAACAAAGGCAGAAAAAGGUCACGCUUGCAGGCGGAGAGAUGGCGACGACGACACCGCAAAUAGACACGGGCGGAGGCUCUACUACCAGGAAGACAACGUUAUUGACAGACUCUACGCACAGCAGCGCAUCGAGCAGUGCCUCGCGAUAUGCACUCGACGAGGGAGACACGAGUCCUAUCCUCCUGUACAAAUAUAGAGGGGGCUUACAGACGUCAAGUCAAAAAGACCUAUGCGCCUGGCUAGACAAAGACGAGAACUUCCGCGUUACAAAGAAAGAGAUUCCGCGACUUUCAUCCUACAUCGAAGUGAAGCGCCACGACCUCUUCCUCCCCAACGAACAGCGAGAGUUUCGCAACACACCAAACUAUGACAGUAGCCUCGCUUCGGUGAAACUGCCUACGUCAGUAUACUGGAGUCGCCUGAUCUUGGGAGGAUACGAGAACCUCUAUAUCGUGAGCCCUGAAGGUUCGCCUGCGAGUAGCGUUGCGGAUGAUGAGAGUCGGAGAACGAGUCCGACGACGACUUGGGGGCAAGAUAGUAUCGAAGAUGUGCAUAUUGGAGCGCCGCAGGACGGGAGCGGUGUGUAGUCAUAUUUCAGUUCAGAUGAUGAGCUGGUGAAGCCUUGGGAAGGAAUGUCUCUGGCCAGCAGCAUUAUGAGUUUACGACAGAACGAGCGCGGACACAGACGUAAUGAAUAUCUCUGAUACCUCGAGAUCGUCGUCUUCAUGAUUACAUACAUGUACUUCAAUUCCCCUGCCGGACU